UCCAACUCUUCCUCGGUCGGGAUUUCGGAACCACAAGAGAUUCACAGGAACGGGUUUUGGUGAUAAAAAGGACACAAGUUGGGAGAGGAUACAACGUUAUAUGGUCACAUUAGCGCAAAGCACCCUACUUUAUCAAAUAUCUGAGGAUGGAAAUUGAACUAUGAGGUAUUGUGUAGCUGCAGAAGACUGACAGAACUAUGGCGCAGUUCCCUACAACAUUUACAGGUCCAGUAUCAGAUGUGUUUCUGAUCUCAGUGGAUGAGAGAGCCAAACAUGACCAGCAGUUCCACAGCCUCACCCCGACUCCUGCGGGCUAUAUCACAGGGGACCAGGCCAGGAACUUCUUCCUUCAGUCAGGACUGCCCCCUCCCAUCCUGGCACAAAUCUGGGCUCUAGCUGAUAUGAACAGCGAUGGUCGAAUGGAUAUCCAUGAGUUCUCCAUCGCUAUGAAGCUCAUCAAACUGAAGCUCCAGGGUCACCCUCUGCCCCCCAGCCUGCCCCCCAGCAUGAAACAGUCUCCACUGCCCAUGCCACCACAGACUGGAUUUGGCAUGCCCCCCAUGGCUCCCAUACCAGCGGCUCUGCCAGGCGUGCCCCCCCUUCCCCUGCCCCCUCUCCCCGUCGGCGUAUCUCCUCCACUUGUGUCCUCUGCGCCACCUCCCCUCCCCCCGCCCAUUGCCAACGGAGCUCCACCCACAGGCAUGAUCCAGCCAAUCACAGGCUUCUCCCACCCAGCUUCCUCUAUCAACAAGUCAUCAUCAUUUAGCCGGUCCUCGACCAAACUGCAGAAGGGGCCCUCCUUUGACUCUGCCAGUGCCCAGACUCCCCCCACUCACUCUGAUUGGGCGGUUCCUCAGUCCUCCAGGCUGAAGUACAGACAGCUUUUCAACUCCCAUGACAAAAUGAUGAGUGGACACCUCACUGGUCCCCAGGCUCGCACCAUCCUGAUGCAGUCCAGUCUUCCUCAGACCCAGCUGGCUUCUAUAUGGAGUCUGUCGGAUAUUGAUCAGGAUGGCAAGCUGACAGCUGAGGAGUUUAUCCUGGCCAUGCACCUCAUAGACAUGGCUAUGUCUGGUCUACCGCUGCCCCCUGUGUUACCACCAGAAUACCUCCCACCUACAUUCAGGCGUGUGCGUAGCGACAGUGUUCAGUCAGACCAGAAGAGUGUCCAGGAGGAGACAGAGGAGGAAACAGAAGCCAGCCAGGAGAAGAAACUUCCAGUGACUUUUGAGGAUAAGAAGAGGGAGAACUUUGAGCGAGGGAAUCUGGAGUUGGAGAAGAGGCGCCAGGCCCUGCUGGAGCAGCAGAGGAAAGAGCAGGAGAGGCUGGCCGCACUGGAGAGAGAGGAGCAGGAGAGGAAGGAGCGUGAGCGUCUGGAGCAGGAGAGGAGACGACAACAGGAGCUAGAAAAACAACUGGAAAAACAGAGGGAGUUGGAGAGGCAGAGGGAGGAGGAGAGACGCAAAGAAAUAGAGAGGAGAGAGGCUGCUAAACGGGAGUUGGAGCGUCAGCGUCAGUUGGAGUGGGAGCGUCAGCGUCGCCAGGAGCUGCUGACUCAGAGAAACAGAGAGCAGGAGAGCAUAGUGCUGCUCAAAGCCAGGAAGAAAACCCUGGAGUUUGAACUGGAAGCUCUGAAUGACAAGAAGUCCCAGUUGGAGGGUAAACUCCAGGAUGUUCGGUUUCGUCUGUCAGCUCAGCGGAGAGAGGUGGAGCAAACCAACCAGACCAGAGAGGCCCGCAUUGCUGAAAUCACUCUGCUGCAGCAGCAGCUGCAGGACUCCCAGCAGUGGCUGGGCAGGCUAAUUCCUGAUAAACAGUGUCUCAACGACCAGCUCAAACAAGUUCAACAGAACAGCCUACAUCGUGACAGUCUGUCCUCUCUGCAGAAGGCUGUGGAGCAGAAGGAGAUCAGCAGACAGCAGCUCAGGGAGCAGCUAGACGCGGUGGAGCGAGAGACGAGGUCCAAACUGCUGGAGAUAGAUGCUUUCAACACUCAGCUCAAGGAGCUGAGGGAAAUCCACAGCCGGCAACAGAGACAGAAACAGAAGGAGUUGGAGGGGGACACACAUAAACUGACACAUACACUCUCUCACAUACACACACCAAGCGAGAGGAAAUCUGCUGAGCUGCAGGAGAGCAGGUUGUCAUCGGAGGAGGGUGUAGCCUGGAGAGACGAAGGGGGAACCUCUGCCCCCAGAGCUCCCAGCCCUGGAUCCAGCUCUGCCCCCCAGGCAUGGCUAAACAGAGUGACGCAGGAGGAGGAGGACAGGAAGAGGAGAGGCAUGGAGGAAGAGGAGGAGGGCCGCAAGAGAGUGGGAAUGGGAGGAGAGGAAAAGGAGGAAGAGGGGAGAGGCAAGAAGGACAUGCAGGAGAAACUGAACAAGCUGUUUAGCCAGCAGUCUGACCCCUGGGCUUCAACAGGGACAGCAGAUAAAACCCCAGCCACCAGCCUGUUUGAGCAGAAAACUUCAGUCAGCAGCUUCGACCAGCAGCAGCCGCCAGUGAAGGUGGUCUACUACAGGGCUCUGUAUCCCUUUGAUGCCCGGAGCCAUGAUGAGAUCAGCAUUGCCCCUGGAGACAUAGUCAUGGUGAAGGGGGAGUGGGUGGAUGAGUCCCAAACAGGGGAGCCUGGUUGGCUUGGAGGAGAACUCAGGGGGCGGACCGGUUGGUUUCCUGCCAAUUAUGCCGAGCGGAUCCCCGACAGCGAAGCACCGAUCAGCCUGCGCUCCUCCACGUCGGCCACUCCCACCCCAGCCCAGCAGCCAAUAGCCACACCCCCCCCAGCUCCGGGACACACCUCCUCCACGUCCUCAGCCAACAGUAACUGGGCUGACUUCAGCACCACUUGGCCCUCCACUACAACCAGCCAAUCAGACAGUGAGGGCUGGGACGCCUGGCCGACCUCUUCAACCAGUCAGAAUCCUUCACUCAGUGUUCCCUCAGCGCAGCUACGGCAACGCUCCGCCUUCACACCCGCAACCAUGACAACAGGCUCCUCUCCGUCUCCUGUCCUGGGACAGGGAGAGAAGGUCGAGGGUCUUCAGGCUCAGGCCUUGUAUCCAUGGAGAGCCAAGAAAGACAACCACCUCAACUUCAAUAAAAACGAGAUAAUAACAGUAUUGGAGCAGCAGGACAUGUGGUGGUUAGGUGAACUGCAGACUGGACAGAGAGGCUGGUUCCCUAAAAGCUAUGUCAAGCUCAUUUCCGCCACCAUGACAGCCCCAGCCUCAACCGCAGCACGCAGCAAAAACACAAGCGAGUCGACAGCAUCAGAAAGCCCACCCAGUGGAAAACGCCCUUCACCCUCCCCAACCAAACCUUCUGAGUCUGGAGAAGAGUACUUGGCCAUGUACACCUAUGAGAGCAGUGAGCAGGGGGACCUGAGUUUCCAACAAGGAGAUAUCGUCAUGGUGACCAGAAAAGAAGGGGAUUGGUGGACGGGCGUGGUUGGGGGCAAGACCGGGGUUUUUCCAUCCAAUUAUGUCAAACCACGAGACUCAUCAUCAGAGUCACUGGGUCCAGCAGGGAAGACAGGCAGUCUGGGGAAGAAACCUGAGAUAGCCCAGGUGAUCGCCCCCUACAGUGCUACAGGAGCAGAGCAACUCACGUUGGCUCCAGGACAGCUUAUCCUCAUCAGGAAAAAAAACCCUGGGGGCUGGUGGGAGGGGGAGCUCCAGGCCCGAGGGAAAAAGCGCCAAAUUGGUUGGUUUCCAGCCAAUUAUGUCAAGCUGCUGAGUCCCAGCACCAGCAAGACCACACCCACAGAGCCCACCCCUCCCAAACUGGCCCCUUCUAGCACUGCUCUGUGCCAGGUGAUCGGCAUGUAUGACUAUGUGGCCCAGAACGACGACGAGCUGGCCUUCCAGAAGGGUCAGGUGAUCACAGUGCUCAGUAAAGACGACUGUGAUUGGUGGAAAGGCGAGCUCAACGGGAGGGAGGGACUAUUUCCAAGCAACUACGUCAAGCUCACCACGGAUACUGACCCGAGCACACAGUGGUGUGCUGACCUCCAUCUGCUGGACAUGUUGAGUCCCAUGGAGAGGAAGAGGCAAGGCUACACACACGAGCUGAUCGUUACAGAGGAGAACUACGUCAACGAUCUGCAGCUUGUCACAGAGAUCUUCCAGAAACCUCUGUUGGAGUGUGAGUUGCUGACAGAGAAAGAAGUGGCCAUGAUCUUCGUCAACUGGAAGGAGCUCAUCAUGUGCAACAUCAAACUGCUCAAGGCUUUGAGAGUCAGGAAGAAGAUGUCAGGUGACCGGAUGCCAGUGAAGAUGAUUGGCGACAUCCUGACCAAUCAGCUGCCUCACAUGCAGCCCUACAUCAGAUUCUGUUCGUGUCAGCUGAACGGAGCCACGCUGAUCCAGCAGAAAACUGAUGACAACCCUGAGAUUAAAGACUUCCUCAAGAGGUUAGCCAUGGAUCCCAGGUGUAAAGGAAUGCCCCUGUCCAGCUUCCUGCUCAAACCCAUGCAGAGAGUCACACGCUACCCACUCAUCAUCAAGAAUAUCUUAGAAAACACUCCAGAAUCUCAUCCAGACCACAGCCAUUUGAAAGCUGCUCUGGAGAAAGCGGAGGAGUUGUGUUCACAGGUGAACGAGGGCGUCAGGGAGAAGGAGAACUCAGAUCGUCUGGAGUGGAUUCAGGCUCAUGUGCAGUGUGAGGGGCUGUCUGAGCAACUGGUGUUUAACUCGGUCACAAACUGCCUGGGUCCCAGGAAGUUCCUCCACAGCGGGAAGCUCUUCAAAGCCAAGAGCAGCAAGGAGCUCUACGGCUUCCUGUUCAACGACUUCCUGCUGCUAACACAGGUGACAAAACCUCUAGGUUCCUCUGGGUCGGACAAAGUCUUCUCCUCCAAAACACACCUGCAGUACCGCAUGUACAAGACGCCGAUCUUCCUCAAUGAAGUGUUAGUGAAGCUGCCAACAGAUCCAUCAGGAGACGAGCCUCUGUUCCACAUCUCUCACAUAGACAGAGUUUAUACCAUCAGAGCUGAGAGCAUUAAUGAAAGGACGGCGUGGGUCCAGAAAAUCAAGGCAGCUUCAGAACUCUUCAUUGAGACGGAGAAGAAGAAGAGAGAGAAAGCUUACUUAGUCCGUUCUCAGAGGGCUACAGGUAUCGGUCGGCUGAUGGUCAACAUCGUGGAGGGAAUUGAACUCAAACCCUGUCGCUCCCACGGUAAGAGUAACCCGUACUGUGAGGUGACCAUGGGUUCCCAGUGCCAUAUCACUAAAACAUUACAGGACACGUUGAAUCCUAAAUGGAAUUCCAAUUGUCAGUUUUUUAUAAAAGACCUGGAACAGGACGUCCUCUGUGUCACUGUGUUCGAGCGAGACCAGUUCUCACCUGACGACUUCCUGGGCAGGACAGAGAUCCGAUUGGCAGAAAUAAAGAAGGACCAGGGUUCGAAAGGGCCGAUCACGAAGCGGCUGCUGCUCCACGAGGUCCCGACGGGAGAGAUCGUGGUCAGACUGGACCUCCAGCUGUUCGAAGAACCUUAAUAUCUGGAUUAGACUUCACUGGACUGGACUGCAGCGGGGCUUGAGUUGUCUGAAGAGCCGUAGGAUUUUGACCAGACAUGAGGUUUUACAGGGCUGGAUGUGGCUGGACUGGACAGCUGGACUGGGUUCACGCAGUCUGCUCUGGUUCAGGUGGUCUAAACAGCUGAACAGGUACACUCUGAAGAAACCAGCUAAAUUACAGCCAGGCUGCACCAAGUCUUAAAUUCUUAAUGUCUUAAAUUCUUUUUUUAGCAGUCUGACAAAUGUUACGAUAAAUCAGUCCAGUCCUGUGACCUGCACACGGGAUAAAGUGUUUUCUUUUUAAAUGCUGGUUUCAGUGGCCAAAUUAUUAAUUUCAUUGAAACUGGCAUUGAAAAGGUCAUAAACUGUUAGAUUUAGUUUGAUGAGACCUGAAGGCACCCUUUCAAAACACGACAGAUAGUAUUUAGAGUGGACUCCCCUGUUGCUCGCUAACUUCCAUGAUACUCAUGAUGAAUACAAGUCUUAAUCCUUUGUGCUCCAGUUUAGUUCAGUCCAGUGUCCUCUUGUCCUCCCUCAGGCUGGUCCAAGUCUUGACUUGGUGCAGUCCAGUCCAGUCCAGUGCUCUCUGAAAGCGGUCCGGUCUUUACUGUUUUCUCUCCCUCUGCUUCAUCAGACAGUCUCACAGAUACUCCAGUGACAAUCCCAGCCCUUUCUCUCUCCCCUAUCCACCAAAACCCAAACGUGUGUGUGUGUGUGCGCACAUGUGUGUGUGUGUGUGUGUGUGUGUGAGAGAGAGCGAGAGAGAGAGGUCCAGAGACAGAUCAAGUGUGUCAUGUGUGCAGGUGUGUCAAGAUGGACAGGCUAAUUAAAAGUACAGUUUGGUGUAUUUUUUUUUUUUUUUAACAAGUCUUAAGAGUCGUACGAUCAACUCUUCAGAGAACAAGUCUUGAGGUACUGCAUCUAAAGGGACUCUGACAUUUUGAAUUUGAAUCUUUAGUUUUCGUUUCCCUUCACCGGAUACUUGCUACAUUCUAGCAGCAAAUGCAGCACACGGGUUUAAUGAGGAAUGCUGGCACUAAUGAGCUGUUUUUAGGACAUUUUGGGAAACACGAGUCUGAUAACUCGGCAAGUGUCUGGUGCAGGCAAAUGACAGACGACAUGUCAAAGUAUCCCUUUUGGAUUUAUCGAUUAUGGUUAUGCUGAUGAUGAUGAUGCUGAAAUAUUAAUGUCCAGGGACCAGGUGUGACAGCUAAAACUGAGAUGCUGUAAAGACGAAUGUCAGUUUUUUUUUACUUAAGUCGGAUGCACAUAGGAGCUGUAUUUUUAUGUGAUUUCUGUCACACGUCUGAACUCUGGUGUUCCGUUGCUGCUGUGGAGCCGUCAAAAGCGACCGCCGCUCCAAAAUCGCGUUCAGACGAUUUCCCCAAACUGUCCCUGUGAAAGCGCGGCGUUGAAGAAACACAGAACGAUGCUACUGUGCAUUGGCACUUCCAGCACUUUGAAAACACACGUUGGUACUGAUACUGAGUUCAGCAUAUUGGAGACAGGACAGGACAGGCCACAGGUCUUUUAGGCUCGCCGCCAGCCGCCACGUUAGCAUGGCCGGCCACACGGUUAAUGUGGCGCGUGGUGAGCUAGCCAGAGUUUUAGAUAGGGUAGUUGCUUAGCUAGUUAGGUACUCGGCUAUUUAAUUAAUUUAGUUAGUAAUCCGUUUAUCUGGGCCUUUUUAAAUGCACGGUUACAGCAAUCCACUGAGAUGACCGAUAGUUACCCUCGUGACCAACCACUGUCCAGUACAAAUUCAGCAAGAAUCAGCCAAUUGCAGCAGCUUUACCGUGGAGGAAGGUGUGUACGUGUGUCUAAGGCCUUGUUCAGACUGCAAGUCCAAAUCCUUUUUUUUUUUUUUUUUUUUUUUUUUGCAUAUCCAGAUUGUAUCCACACUGAUUUUAGAAAGUCUGGACAUCAAAAAAACACAUACAAUGUGAUUUUUGCAAAUUGGAUCCAAAUUUCCAGGUGGUUUGAAAUGUGAUUUGAAUUGUAUUUCUACUGAUGCAGCUCAAUACGGACGCUCGAAUCGGUUUUCUCAAACUGUCACGACACACGACAACAUCAAAUCCAAAGUGACAAGAGGUGCAUCGGAGCGGCCGCGGAUCUCCAUUUCUCUACGUCGUUACCAUAGCAACCCAUGCAGAUAGGCUUGUGAUGUCUGGACACACAAAUCUGACCGGAUCACUCGCAGAUGACAGUGUGGACAGUCUGUCUUAAAGAUCUGAUUUGAGAAACAUCCGACUUGCCUGCAGUCUGAGCGAGGCCCAAGUGUGUGUGUCCCAAACUGAACUUGUCUGACAAUGAUGAUGAAGAUGAUGAUGAUGAUGCAGAUGCAGAGUCUUACAUCCCCCUACCCUCACCCUCCCAAACCUCUCUGUACUGUUCUCCAGUAUUCCCCCAGCCUCCUCCCUCCCCCCACUGUACUAAAACUAACCUAAUCCAGUUUGGACCCGUUCUUACUGUCUACCUUCCAGGUUGUGUAUAAUACUACUGCUAUCUGAGAGUUAAUAUAUGAGCGCUCUGGGGGCGAUAGAGACAGCCUGCUGUUAAUUAUCACUGUAGAAGAAGAUGUAUGUUGUUGUCUUUCAAUGUUCAGAAUAAACUUCAGUUGGACCAAGA